AUGACAAAACUAAACGUCAAUGCAAUUGUAAGGGGAGAGAUAAGAGGAACCGCUUGUUUAGUUCAGCUACCUAAAUAUCCACCAACCGUUGUCUACCGUUUCGACAAUGCUCAAUUCACGGAUAUCGAUGAAAGUUGGGUUGGCCAGAGAAUUCCUGUUCAAAUCGAGGUGUAUUCCUACAACACCAAAGUAAAGAGUGAAAGUGUUGUCAUUACAUUAAGUUCACUUAAUAAAAUUACAGAUCUUCAAGUUGAUUACUAUGCAUAA